GAUUCGAUUGGCUGAAAUAUCAUUUAUCUACCUUUUGAUUGGUUCAUUGGAUUCCUUUCUCACGACAGUAAUUUUAGAUUUCGGACACAUGGGCACCUCCGCGUCAAAGCAGCUCUUCGACUCUGCCGGGAGCAAUGAUGUCGUCAAGUUAAGGUCCUUGAUCAAGGAAGGAAUCGACGUCAAUAUGACCGCUGGACCGGAAGGAAUCACUGCGUUGCAUGCUGCUGCGGAGAAAGGACACCAACGAACUGUUGCGCUCUUGCUUGAGAACGGUGCCGAAGUAGAUCGAAAGACAGCGGAGGGCCGGGCGGCGUUGUACAUUGCCGCCAAACGUGGCCAUGUGGAAGUCGUCAAGAGUUUGCUCGAGCACGGGGGCGACAUUGAAACGAAUCGAAAGAACGGGCGAACGGCCAUCGUCAUCGCGUCCAAAAAAGGGAACGUCGAAGUGGUCAAAUAUCUCGCCGGUCGCGGCGCCAACUUGGAAGCAUGCCGAAACGAUCGAUGUACCCCGCUGUACUAUGCCGCGAAGAAAGGACACGUGGAAGUGGCGCAGUUCCUCAUCGACAGCACAGCGGCCCUGGAAGCGUCGAGCAUUGACGGCACGACGCCGCUAAUGAUUGCCGCUCAAAAGGGCCGACCCGUGAUGGUGGAAGUGCUGAUUGAUCGAGGGGCGAACGUCGAAGCGUGCAGAAAAGUACGUGACGCGGAUAGUUACGUGAACAUGGAGCGAAUCUCUCUCAAGCACCAUGACAGGAUGGAUGCACCGCGCUGUACUUGGCGGCCAAGAUGGGGCAGUUGCGGAUAGUCAAGUUAUUGUUAGAGCACGGCGCCAACGCGGACGCUCGGGACACCAUCCUGGGGAUCACUCCGUUGGCAGUUGCGGCGAUCGAAGGGCACCUCGAAGUCGUAAAGCAUCUACUCGCAAAUGCCCACGCGUCGUUUACGUCCACCAACCAGGUACGAUGAACUGCCCCCCACCAGUCGUCGCAUCAUGUGUGUGGUAGGACGGAUCGACCCAAAUCGUCAACGCCGCCGCGCAAACGUACAGCGACGUCGCGGACGCAAUAGCGGAGUUGGAGAAUCCAGACAAGCAGCUCACCAUGGAUAAGGUCAAGAAGGCGUUUAUGUUCUAAUCCACCAUACUAUACGUACAGUGCAUCAUUCGCUAGGCACGUCUGGCAUCGUAAUCGUCUGGUUGCUUCCUCCUCGGCCGACAGUGCUGGACUCAUCUUAAUUUCGUUGAGAUAAUAUUUCGAGUGCUUUUCCAUGCCGCAGAUCAGUUGAAUCGUUUUAAGGGGUAUCUUAAACGCGUUAUUCAAU